AUCGUGCUGUUUCCAUGGAAGCCCACCAUGUUAGGACCGUGUCCAUGGUUAGGACCAGGACCAGGACCAGUCAGUGCUGUGAUAGCUAGCGGACUCUCCAGGCUACCGGAAUGACAUGUAUUAACUGGUGUACAUAGCUAGCUGUAUAGCUCAUAGAUCACAGCUACACACACACAUGAAGUGUAUAGAUGAUCAUUUCAACGUUAUCUCCUCAAACACGACCACAAUGAGCCGGUUUAAUUCAGCCGUGCCGGAUGACGAGUACCUCGUUUCAGCAGUGUAAAGAACAGUAACCACGUGCUCUUCAGAGAGUAUAAUUACAUCAGGGCUACUCCCCAUAACAGAGCCUCCUUCAUCAGAGUCUUCUGGAGAUGCUACAGACAGAUCGCCAAGAGUGGAGAGUUGGUUUCAAUGCUGGAGUAUAGGUCGCUGCUGCAGUUAUUGUGUCCAGACUUCCCUUUGGAGAUGGUGCAGAGUGCAGCCAGAAUUGUCCUGAUGGAUGACGCCAUCGACUGUCUGAUGUCUUUCUCUGAUUUCCUUUAUGCCCUCCAGCUGCAGUUCUACUACCAAGAGUUCCUGGACAGCGCGCUGAUGAUCUACCAGGAUCUGUUAGCAGGGAAGAGUCCUAACACCGUCAUCGUCCCCACGUCCACCUCCAUCGAGCAGCUCCCCUCCGUGGCUGCAGAGGAGAACGACAAGGAGGAGCAGCAGCAGCAGCAGCAGGACGGAGUGGAACCGUCCACUCUGGCUCAGUGUAUAGAUGCCCUUUGUGACAGGUUCAAACACAGUCAUCCUCCCAGGUCCUGUAUGAGGGAAGUACUGGAACAGACUAACAAAGUCUCUUACUACAGCUUCCUAAUGAGCCUGGCUAAACAUGAGACCAUCAACCAAACUAUUGGAGCGUUACCCAGCAAGGCAGAGUUCCUCAUUGACCCAGAGAUGGAUCAGGAACUGGACAAACUAAUCGCUCAGAUCUCAGUGAGUCCCAGCAGCAACAGCAGUGGCAGUGCGGUGGGGGGGCUAAAGGAGGUGCAGAGGAAGGCCUCCCCCAGGAGGAACAUCCACCACAGGAGGAAGAUGGAGGUGGAAAGCGAUGGUUCCACAGAAGAGACUGACUCCUCUGAAAACUGACCUCUAACCUUUCACCAGUCUGUGACAUGUCACCUACACACUGUGGCUAUUUUCUGUUAUUGUCAUGUUUGAGAAGCCUCUCAGCUAGUGAUGCACCGAUACCAAAUACCAGUAUCGGGUAUCGGGUCCGAUACUGUGCUCAUGUACUCGUACUCGCAAAACGGCUCCGAUACAACGGCACCGAUACCACUUUACAGCAGCGCGACAUUAACCUCUCGUCACCAUCUUUCGGGUCCUCACACUCCACCUCCCUGACGGUGCGGGCGAGACGGACCGGUGGUGUGCCCGACUCUGCUGGACCGGGAUCCCACCUCAGCCGGUGCGCGCCGGCCCUCACUUUCAUUGCGCCUCAGGGUUUUGCUUGCACCCUCUGACUCACGCUUGCGUUAGACUCCUUGGUCCGUGUUUCAAGACGAGUCGGGUGGGUGGCAGACAUCGCCACAGACCCAUGGCGCCUUUUAUGUGGACCGCGGCACAACGUGGUUGGGUUGCAAUGAGGACAGUCCGUCCCGGUCAACAGUCGCAUCAGUCGCAGGGAGCCCCGUCACGGUGCGGCGAGGUCCGGGCGAGGAGCCUUGUUAAGCUUCGGCCGCGAGUCACCUUCAUCCCGAGCCUUUCCAAGCCGACCUAGAGCCGGUCGCGGCGCACCGCCUCGUAUGCGGGACUCCCCAGCCUGCCGUGUGUCGCUCACACCCUCCAGCUGGCUGUUAACGAGGGUCUUUUGGCACAGAGAAGUACUCGUAUCGGUACUCGGUAUCGGCGAGUACCCAAAUGUAAGUACUUUUACUCGAACUCGGUCUGAAAAAAAGUGGUAUCGGUGCAUCCCUACUCUCAGCAUUUAUACUAUACCAUCAUGAAACACCAGAACUCUCCACUAAAAGUGAAACUAAUAAAGUAGAGUUCGGUACUGUAAGUUAGCUGCUUCUUAUUAAGCAAAACAAGGCAGGUUUCAUUGCUAGUUUUACAGAGUGACUGGAAUAAAAGAUGGGGAGGAACCUCUGUCAUAUUGGAGGUGGAAUUAUUGACUGUAAAUGCUUGAUUUUUCAUAAAAAGCUGCACUUGAUGUUCUCAAACCAACCUUACUUAUUAGCUUCUCAUCACACGUUGUGGGUGAAUGUACAGCAUUCCUGCUGCUUUAAAUCUUUCCCUUUAAAGGGCGGCCACAGCACUGGACGUUAACCCUGUAUGUGUCUGGAAGAAAGUAAAAUGUAUUAUAAUAAGCCCUAUAUUGACUGCAAUGGCAGAUACGUGUUCUCUAUGUUUCUCAAUCUGAGUAUUUUAAAGAACAGGGACUCUGAACACAGUGACAGGGAAUGAUUCAUCCUCUCCCCGCCUGUUCGGAACCUACACAGUGAACAGCUCAAGCAUGAACUGUAUUUACAGUGCAAAGUUAUUUAUAACCUUCUAUCGGUGAAAAGAUAAUAAUAAUAAAGAUAAGAUAAGAUAAGAUAAUAAAGAUGUAACUGAA